AUUCCACACUUCAAGAGAAAAGAAAGAAAGAGCAUCGGCGCUAGCUUUUCGACUUCUUUGUAAUUUGCAUCACCAACCAUUCUCACCAAACCAGGCCACUUCUCCUUUAAUAAAAGGGGGUCCCAGCGCACUCCAGUGGUCGAAUACUUCUCAUACCAAACCAUACCAAGUUUCUCAUGCCCAAGUCAGAUCAUUCAAGUUUUCAAUGCCGUCAAGUAAGCGCCCCCAGGCGUUCUCUGUGGACCCAAAUGAGGAGAGGCAAUCAGACGCACCCCCAUCGCGAAAACGCAUGCGCGGAACUAACUCUUCCGGAUCCGAUGAAGUCAACGACGAUGACAUCCAAGACACAACAUCUCCAUACAUAUCGGAACCGCCCGACGAUGAUGAGGAUGAACUUGAGCUUCGUGCUACACAAGUGAUCCAGGAGAAGUAUUCAUUUGCUGGUGAUGAGCCGAACGUGCCUGCCGAGCAUGGCAUUCUGGAGCGCGUCGAGUGCUACAAUUUCAUGUGUCAUGACCAUUUUUACAUCGAGCUCGGUCCGCUGAUAAAUUUUGUUGUUGGAAAAAAUGGUUCUGGCAAGAGUGCAGUCCUCACGGCUAUCACUCUAUGUUUGGGUGGCAAAGCUUCAGCCACAAACCGUGGGCAAAGUCUGAAGAGUUUCAUCAAGGAAGGCAAAGAGAGCGCAACCAUUGUAGUGCGGAUCAAGAAUCAGGGUGAUGGCGCUUACAUGCCAGAUGAUUAUGGAAAAUCAAUCAUUAUCGAGCGCCACUUCUCCAAGAUGGGCACCAGUGGGUUCAAGAUCAAGUCUGAUAGUGGGCGUAUCGUCUCUACUAAGAAAGCGGAGCUUGAUUCUAUCAUUGACUACUUUACCCUGCAGUUUGACAACCCGAUGAACGUUCUUUCGCAGGAUAUGGCUCGUCAAUUCCUUAGCUCGUCUAGCCCCAGUGAUAAGUACAAAUUUUUCGUGAAGGGUGUUCAAUUGGAACAACUUGACCAGGACUACCGUCUAAUUGAAGAGUCUGGAGAUCAGAUCGAGGCGAAGCUAAAAAGCAGAGUGCAAGAUAUCACAAUUCUGAAAAGUCGUCAGGAUGCAGCAAAGCGGAAACUAGAUUUAUCUGACCAGCAUGAAUCUCUGCGUAAUCACAUUCGAAAUCUUCGCAAUCAAAUGGCUUGGGCUCAAGUGGAGGAACAAGAGCGGAUCCAGGAUUCUUUGAAAACAGAGAUGACGACAGCCGAUGAGGAUAUAGCUGCUGCUGAAGCGGAUCUCGGGAGCUAUGAACGUCGCAUACAGGAAGCAGAGAGAGAAACCGAACUUGCGGCCGAAUUUGUCCAGCAGGCUACCUCCAAGCUUGAGACUUGUCAAUUAAGUAGGGAUGAGAUCAAACAUAAAAUGGACGCUCAAUUAAGUGAACGUCAUGGUCUACAGGCCCAGCAACGCCAGAUCAGAGAGUAUUUAAGGGCUGCGGAGACUAGAAUAGCUGAAAGUCGGAAGAAGCUUGCAGAUGAGCACCAGCGCUUGAGUGAUAUAAGUGGGGGAAGCUUUAUCAGAAAACAAGAGGAACUCGAGCAGGCAAAAGCCGGCGCGGAAGAUGCCCGUGCUCGGUUCAAGGAGCAUGAAGCCGAGAGAAACCGCUUGUAUGAGAAGAUAGGUGAAGCUGAAAAGGAAGUGAAAUUAGCCGCUGCCCCUGUCAAUAAGGUUAAAGCCGACAUUGAGCAAGCACAGUCGGUUCUACAAAACUUGAGCAGAGAGGGCGGGGCGAGAAAUUCUGGCUUUCACGAAAGAAUGCCAGCGCUUACCAAGGCCAUUGAACAAGAAGGGUCCUUCCGCAGACGCCCCGUGGGCCCAAUUGGGCACUAUGUCAGUUUGCUGAAGCCAAAAUGGUCCUCUAUUCUGGAGAAUUCGCUCGGUACGACUUUGAGCAGCUUUGUUGUGACCUCGAAAAGCGACAUGAACAUCUUGUCGAAUAUCAUGCAGAGAGUCAAUUGUGUAUGCCCGAUUUUCAUAGGAAGCGAUGGUCAUCUUGAUACGUCAAACCACGAACCAGAUCCCAACUAUGACACAGCCCUGCGGGUACUUCAAAUUGACAAUGAAUUAGUCCGUCGACAGCUAAUCAUAAAUCACGGAAUCGAACAGAUGCUGCUGAUAGAGGACCUAGAAGAGGCGUCGUCGGUACUUUUCGAUGGACAGAAACCCCGCAAUGUGAAAAGGUGUUAUUGCAUCGACCCCACUAAUCGGCGACGAGGAUUUCACCUUUCUUAUAGCAGAAAUGGUGAACCAAGCCAGGCGCCUGUCCCAGCCUACAAUGGGAGUCCCCGGAUGAAAUCCGACCUUGCGUCUCAGAUUAGCAUGCAGAAAGACGUACUCGCAGACUUGCGUAGAAAUCUCAGUGAUCAAGAGCAGUCUCUUCGAUCCGCUCGCUCUAGUCUCGAAGGCUGCAAACAAGCACGCGUGAGACAUGACAGGAGAAGCAGCGAACUACGUAUCGCAGUGCAGAAAGCAGAAGACCUUAUUGAUGAGAUCACCGAGGCACUCGAUAAAGAAUCUGUGGAAGACGGACGCAUUGAUGUACUUCAGACUACCCUGGAAGAAGCAGAAGAAGAGAAACGCUUGAACGAAGGGUCCCUACAGGAUGGUAUUGAAGCUAUGGAUGCCAUGAUGGAGGGACUGAAAGCGAUCAAACACGAGCUUUCGGCCAAAGAAGCAGAGGUUUAUACAAUGAAUGAAGAGCUCAGGUUGGCUCAAAACGAAGCACAAAUGAGCAUGGAAAACCGCCGAAGAUCAAUCCGCGAGAAGAACGCAGUAAUUGAGCGAAUCAGUGACAGCAAAAAAGGUAGAACUCGAAUUCAGCAGAGGCUGGAAGAGAUAGCUGCACGUAUCCUCGACUUCAGCGAGAAAGCGAGCUUGGUCUCACCGCGGGUUGCAAUAGCUGAGGGUGAAACCGCCGCCAGCCUAGAUAAGAAGCUCGAUAGGCUUCAUACGGAUCUUAGGCGAUAUAACCAGGAAUUGGGGGCAACCCGCGAGGAACUCGCUGCUCAGGCCUCCAGGGCAAAGGAAGCCUACGAACAGGCGCUGAAACAAGUCAAUGAGUUUCAAACACUGGCCGAAGUACUUAAAACAACUCUCGACCAUCGCAAGAAACGCUGGCGGAUUUUCAGGUCGCAUAUCUCCUCACGCGCCAAGGCACAAUUCACCUAUCUACUCAGCGAAAGGAGCUUUCGAGGUCGACUUUUGACAGAUCACGAGGGAAAACUACUGGAUCUACAAGUCGAGCCUGACAUAACGAAAGACAGUGUGGGCCGUGGUGCAAAGACGCUUUCUGGCGGUGAGAAGUCUUUCUCCCAGGUAUGCCUGCUUCUGGCAUUGUGGGAGGCUAUGGGAUCCCCGAUUCGAUGCUUGGACGAGUUUGAUGUGUACAUGGAUCAUAUCAACAGAAAAAUGGCGAUUGACAUGCUAAUGCUCGCGGCAAGGCGGUCAAUCGGUCGGCAGUUUAUACUCAUUACGCCCGGAUCCAGGGCGGAGAUAAGCUUGGCGCCAGAUGUUCGCGUGAAGGAGUUGGCAGAACCCGAACGGGGGCAGACAAGGCUGGCUUUCUAGACAUACAGUACAAGGUCA